UUGUCCCCGCAGUCGCUCCCCAGUCUGCAGUGUGGAUUUACAUACCCUGAUUUCCGUGGGACUGGGAAGCGAGAGAGGAGGGUGCGAGUCCUUCAGGAACUGAGGAAACGGACACAAACAGCGCACUUGGCAAACCAACAACUUGUGCAGCCUCGCCGAGCAGCGGCUGGAUAACGUUGGCGCUCAACUAACGCUGUCCGACCCGCCGCGCUCCCUGGACUAGUGUUCGGGUCUGGAGGACGAGGACCCGGAGGCUUUCCGGAGACGACGGGAAGCUGCUGCUGCUGCUGUUCAACCCGGUUUGAAGGGCUGUGGCCAUGGCCGGGGGCGGCGGCGGCGGCGGCGGCGGGAUCUCCCCCCUGGGGCCCGCACCGCCGAUGUGGUAUCACCGGGACCUGAGUCGCGCUGCGGCCGAGGAGCUCCUGGCCCGGGCCGGGAGAGACGGCAGCUUCCUGGUGCGGGACAGCGAGAGUGUGACCGGAGCGUACGCCCUGUGCGUCCUGUUUCAGAAGCAUGUCCACACAUACCGGAUCCUCCCAGAUGAAGAGGGAUUUUUGGCUGUGCAGACAUCCCAGGGUGUGCAGCCUAAGCGGUUUAAAACCUUAAAUGAGUUGGUGUCCUUGUACCUGCAACCCAGCCAGGGUCUGGUCACCACCCUGCUCUAUGCUGUGGACAGAGAGGAAACAGUCAGUGAUGACAGAGACUACUCAGAUGGGGAGGAUGAGAAGCCGCCACUCCCUCCUCGCUCUGCCUCUACUUCAACUCCUCCUGGACCUGACACACCCACAGACAGCCCUCCGGCAGCGAACGGCCUGAGCACCAUCUCCCAUGAGUACCUAAAGGGCAGCUACGCUCUGGACCUGGAGGCCGUCAAGCAGGGAGCUUCCUCCCUGCCUCACCUCAACAAGACACUAGUGGCCUCCUGCAAACGGCUCAAUGGGGAGGUGGAUAAGGUUCUGUCUGGACUAGAGAUCCUGUCUAAAGUCUUUGACCAGCAGAGUGCCUUCAUGGUGUCCAAGAUGAUCCAGCAGUCAGUGAAUCAGGGUGGAGACCAGGAGCUGGAGAACCUUGUGACCAAGCUGGCGGUCCUCAAGGACCUGCUCUCCUCCAUAGAGAAGAAGGCUCUGAAAGCUCUCCAGGACAUGAGUUUAUCCUCUCCAUGCCCCCCUCCUCCUCUCUGCAUGCGUCACAGCAAAGCAAUCCCAGUGCAGGCCUUUGAGGUAAAGCUGGACGUUUACCUGGCAGAGCUGACGAAAAUAGGAAAGAGUCAGAAAUACACUCUCUCAGUGGACGUGGAGGGAGGACGACUGGUAGUGAUGAAGAAGGUGAAGGACAGCCAGGAAGACUGGACCACCUUCACACAUGAUAAAAUCCGCCAGCUGAUCAAGUCCCAGCGUGUGCAAAAUAAGCUGGGUAUUGUUUUUGAGAAGGAGAAGGACAAGAGCCAGAGAAAAGACUUCAUCUUCACCAGUGCCAAGAAGCGAGAAGCAUUUUGCCAGCUGCUGCAGCUGAUGAAGAACAAACAUUCCAACCAGGACGAACCAGACAUGAUUUCCAUUUUCAUAGGAACCUGGAACAUGGGUUCGGUGCCUUCGCCUAAAUCCGUGACCUCGUGGGUUUUGUGUCGUGGCCUUGGGAAGACUCUGGACGAGAUGACGGUGACCAUCCCUCAUGACCUUUACGUCUUCGGAACCCAGGAAAACUCGGUGGGUGAUCGUGAGUGGGUCGAGUCACUUCGUGCCGUGCUGAAGGAACACACAGAAUUGGAUUAUAAACCGAUCGCAGUUCAGAGUCUGUGGAGCAUAAAAAUUGCUGUGUUGGUGAAACCUGAACAUGAGAACAGAAUUAGCCACGUGGGAAUGUCCAGUGUGAAGACGGGCAUCGCCAACACACUGGGUAACAAAGGAGCGGUGGGUGUGUCGUUCAUGUUCAAUGGGACAUCUUUCGGUUUUGUGAAUUGUCACUUGACAUCAGGGAAUGAGAAGAUUGCCAGGAGAAAUCAGAACUACCUUGACAUCCUACGGCUGCUGUCACUAGGAGACAAACAGCUGAGCUCCUUCGACAUCUCUCUGCGUUUCACGCACCUUUUCUGGCUUGGAGACCUCAACUACAGGCUGGAUAUGGACAUACAGGAGAUUUUAAACUACAUUAACAGGAAGGAGUUCGACCCCCUGCUGAAGGUGGACCAGCUCAACCUGGAGAGAGAGAAGAACAAGGUCUUUCUACGCUUUGCGGAGGAAGAGAUCUCAUUUCCUCCCACCUAUCGCUAUGAACGGGGCUCCAGAGACACAUAUGUGUGGCAGAAGCAGAAAGCCACAGGAAUGAGGACUAAUGUUCCAUCAUGGUGUGACAGGAUCCUGUGGAAGUCGUACCCAGAAACCCACAUUGUCUCCAACUCCUAUGGCUGUACUGAUGACAUAGUGACCAGCGAUCAUUCCCCAGUCUUUGCUACCUUUGAGGUGGGGGUGACCUCCCAGUUUGUCUCCAAGAAAGGCCUGCCAAAGUCUUCAGAGCAGGCCUACAUCGAGUUUGAGAGCAUCGAGGCCAUAGUGAAGACAGCGAGCAGAACAAAGUUCUUCAUUGAAUUCUACUCCACUUGUCUUGAAGAGUUUAAGAAGAGCUACGAGAACGACAGUCAGAGCAGCGACAACGUCAACUUCCUGCGUGUGGGCUGGUCCAACAAGCAGCUAACGACACUCAAACCUUUGCUGUCAGAGAUCGAGUACCUGCAGGAUCAACAUCUCCUUCUAACAGUGAAAUCGCUGGAUGGAUAUGAGUCCUAUGGAGAGUGUGUGUUGGCACUGAAGUCAAUGAUUGGAAGCACGGCACAGCAGUUCCACACCUACCUGUCCCACCGUGGCGAGGAGACAGGAAACAUAAGGGGGUCCAUGAGGGUCAGAGUUCCCUCCGAACGGAUGGGAACCAGGGAGAGACUCUAUGAGUGGAUCAGUGUGGAUAAGGACGAGACGGGCGGACCUAAAGGGAAAUCCACGAUGGGUUCUAGACCAGGACAUGAGUAUGUCAAGCCGUCUGUGGUUCGUAAACAGUUGGGAGAGCUUGGGAAAGUCAGCGAAGAGGGCGAAAGGAAGGAGGAAACUGCUGCAAGAUCCAAGCAGGAUACAUUGGACAGCGAUCCAUCCAUCUGCAAGAACAGCUACAAUAAUCCCGCCUACUACAUCUUAGAGGGCGUUCCCAACCAGUCAGCAGCCGCUCUCUCCCCCGAGCUUCUCCCAUCUCCUACCUCUGCGAAUCCCCAGGCAGCUAAAGCCCCUCCGUCCUCAGCUGCAGCCCGAAACAAACCCCCCUGUUCGGCCUCGGGGCCUCCUCACACACGCAGGCCAUUGACAGGACACCCAGUUCGUGCCAUUAGUGAGGAGGGCUCCUCAGAAGACGAUGGAGGCGUUUGCAUGACUGGGGCUCAGGUUGGAGGUGUUGGAGGCACAGUUGGAAGCACACUAAAUCGGCCGCCUCCUGAUUUCCCGCCUCCUCCUCUGCCCAAGGGAGCCCUGGAAAUGGCUGCAGACCCUACCUUCCCCAAACCUCGUCCUCUUUACCCGGACCUAACUGAGGUCAGGAUCUCAGCAGCUGGCACCGCUGCCCCAGCGGCCUUGGGGGAGGGCUUCAGGCGAGGGGGCGGAGUCGGACCGGGGGCGCUGGACGACCAGUCGUGUUCUGUGCUGCAGAUGGCGAAAACGCUGAGUGAGACCGAGUUCCCGGGGCAGCCUCCACGCGCUCCCUCAGCACCGCCGCCUCUCAGAGGGCCACCCAUGGGUUUGGGUCUAGAUGCCUGCCGUACAUUCCCCCCCAGGAACCCCAUCACAGAGAGCAUUGCAGAAGACAUGCCUGAGGAGGGACUUUGGGGCAGCAGCAGUUCAUCCUUGUCUGUGGGGGAAUCUUCAGUGGGGGAGUGGCUGCAGAAACUGGGACUGGAGCGGUAUGAGCAGGGUCUGUUACACAACGGCUGGGACGACCUGGAGUUCCUGAGUGAUAUCACUGAGGAAGACCUGGAGGAAGCGGGGGUGCGUGACCCCACCCACAAGCGAAUGCUGCUGGAGAGCCUCAGGCAGCAGCCGCAACCGAAGUAAACUGUACCAAACUGGUCUAUGACUGGUCCAAACCUGGUUCUGCCAAAGUCGCCAGGUCCUGAGAGGCCAAAUCACAGCUGAACUGAACUGUGGAAUGUGCCACUUGAUGCCAGACUGUGCCUUCUGAGAGAAAUUGCACUCCAUUUACUCCUUUUGCAAACACUUUUUGAACCAGCGUCCUUUUUUAAUGUGUACUGUAUACGUGUUGUCAUUGUGAUCGACGUGGCCUUAUUUAAUGAGGAUCCUUUUAAUCCUUGAAGCAUCACUACAUAACCCCGUGCUUCUAUUCUUUGCUGGAUAAUGUUAUUUUCAGAAAUGGGACAGAAAAGCUGAUAUUGACAUUGUAUGAUCAAUACUGACCUGCAGCUUCAAGCGGGAAUUAAGACGCUUUUCCUUAGUUCUGAGGAACAUUAAGUGAGAAGUAACAGAGUUUUGAUAGAAAUGGAUAAUUAGAAUUGCAUUAGUUUAAAUCUAAAUGAAAAGGACUGAAAAGGACUUUGUAGUAAACCAGAGGCUCAAACACUCAGCCUGUUCAGUUCAGACUGUAUUAACAAUAAUGUGUUCUCCUUAUGACUCUCAGGUUUUCCCCACUGAUCUAAUCACUAAACUAUCUGUCAGCUAAUGGCCCAGGUAGAGCAGUGGCUUUACUUCUGUGAUGGAAGUGAACAGGAAGUGGUAGCAGGUUUGCUCAAGGAAGCCCGUGUUGUGUCAUUGCGUAUAUUUAUGGUUGUUUUUGUUUUUAAUGAUAAAGGGAAUAUGCAACAAACCAACGAAACCAGUAGAAAAUGUGUACAUUUCACCUUGGUCUAACAUUUGAGCAACUCUUAGUCAUCAGCUUUUGGCAUGACUUGCCUCCAGUGUGUAGUGUGCCUACACCAAGUGUGUGGGGACAGUCUGUGUUUGACUGGUCGGCAAACAUGCCAUCAUUAAUGCUGCACCAAGGUGAAAUAUCACUUAAAAGAAUUUAUCCAGUGCAUUUGUCAUUCUCAAACCUUUACUGUUGAGGGCGUAACAUUUAAUUUAUAAUUAAUUUGCAAGUUACACGUGUCGGUUUCGCAUGUUUUAAACGUUUUCAUUUUUAAUUGUGUAAGUGGAGCAGUUUUCAGGGAGUAGGUUCAUACUUAGGAAAGCUAGAGGUUGUUCCACGUCAGAGUUGCUAAGCAACGAAUUUAACCAAAACAUUUAAAUGUGCGCUUUCAUGUCAUGUUUUGUUGCAUUUGUUUUAUUACUGGCCCAGAUGUUUAGGACCAUGACAUCUGUAUGAAUGGGAGAUGGUGUCACCUUUUUUAAAUGACAUCAAAACAGGAAAUGGGUGAUUGAGCCAGGUUUCAGUAGGACACGAACGUGAGGGCCGUUGUUCACUGAUGGACCCAGCAGGUGGUGCUGUUACUCCAUUAACCUCGUGUAGUAAGUCAUACUUCAGUUAGUUCAGCCGUUUGCUUAGUUUGUAACUGAUCAUGUUCAGACUGCCUUCAUUUAAUCUUAUUUUAAAUCCUCAAAAUUGACCAGAAACCACGGAAAAAUGAAUUAGCAAAUACUAAUGUGGAUUUAUCAGCAUAACGGACACAUUUGUUUAAUUGAUGUGGAUGAUUCAAAUAUUACUAAAUUACCUGAUUUUCAUAAAUAUGAUAUUAUGUCAAGAACCUGACUGUAGCUGAUUUAAUGGAGUCUAAUUUUAUUUUUUGACCUAAAUACUAAAUACACACAACCUUAGCCUUAGCUACAUGUCUGUAUUAUGUGAUAUUUUAACAGCCAAACGAUCCUAAUUGAGAGUCGGUGGAUUCACCAUUGAGAUCUUUUAAAUGCCAUGUGUUUUAGGCCUUGUUGACCUUUCAGUGUUCUCUGUGGACUUGCCUUCGUUGUUUGCUUCUUCAUGUAGUCCUUUCCUUCAGUUGUGUUAAGUUAAUACAAAUUGUUCAAACCAUGUGCGUUUUUGCAAUUAAAAUCUAAUAUUGUUCCUUA